AUGGAUCCGAUUGCGACUAAAAAUCCUUCAACUUCUCUACCAUCUCAGCAGCAGAUAGCCCUUGCUAUUGCCAUCAUCCGAUGUAAACCCGCAGGAGUGCCGUUGCGAGAACACGUUAUCCACCUACGGUCCCAGAUUAAGCUUGGCCAAGACCCGAGAGAAAGAGCGAACCCGGGAUGCUACGUCGAUCAAGUUGCCUACUGGAAGGAGCGAUGCAAGCGAGCAGAAGAUGAAUGUGAACAACUUCGCAGUGUCAACAUCAAGCUUGAGAGAUCGAACCAACUACUAUCGAACCAACAGAGCCCAAUUUCAGAAAUCGAAACGGACUCCAAUAUUCGGCCCCCAUCAUCGACAAAGGGUUUGAAGCGGCCAAAGCAGGUCCAAAAGCGGGCCCAUGACCUGGUCGCUGCCGCACAAGAAACUAUCAAUCAGGAUUUGGAUUUCUUAGAGGCGAUUGGAAAGGAUGGUAAGAACCUCAUGGAGUCACUGUUCAGCGUUCAUUCACUAGGCAGAAAUAGCGGUCUUGAUGCCAGCACGUUCUGUUCACAUCUUAUAAGCAGUGCUUCAGCCAUGGGGAAAACCAUACUGUUCAUCGCCCAAAAUCACGACUCUCUUGCCCGACAAGAACACAAGAACACUAGCGGAGCAACUUCCCCGGGGAAGGAUAAAUCGGAUUUUGCCAAUGCGCUCUCGGUAUGCGCCAGAACUUUUAUGUCUAUACUAGUCGGGUUAGACAAACUCACAAAGUCAGAAGCCAACAAGAGACUAGCGAGUUUGGUUAUUUGUGAGCUAGCAGACAUGUUCAAAGUGGCACUUAGAGCUAUUGAGAUAUCCGCCCGGCUCACUGGACACAGUUUUCUCUCACAGCCACCGGCUCAGAAAAAAAGCAAGACAAAGACAUCUUCAACUACUGUCAGAGAGUCUACUCCAGCCAGAGCAGUCGCACAUCUCCUGAUAAGUUUCCUUGGUCUCCUAGAAAAGAAUGAUGAUAUUCAUCAACGGAUUUUCGAUGGCUUCAUCUUCGUUCUUUUCGAACGCGUCGGCAGAAGACUCUACUACUCGACUUUUGGCCAGCACCGCUCUUCUAGUAUCGAAAGGAACAUACUACCGGUACCCGAAGCGAAAGAUGCAGCUGAAGCUUCCAAGCGAGAUUUUGACGCACUCGCCCUGCGUCUGGAAGCCAAAGCACUUAUUCUAAUCCUCGAGCGAGCAAUGGGUCUGGCCCCAAAUCACAUGAACUCACAAAGCCUCAGAGCGCAGCAGAAUCCAAAUCGAGCUACCCGUGCAAUGAGUGUUAAAAAUAUUGCUACUACCUCGAGGGCCCGUCUGAGUCCUCUUGCCAAAGAUCGACUGCAGCGUACACUUGUUGCGUGCAUGUAUGGGCACAAUACUGAUGAUGACUUUUUGGACGUUCUUACGAAGCCGAUGCCGCAAAUGCGUCUGAGUUCGUUGCAAAAUGUGGCCAAGGUGGAGGAUGAAGAUGUGGAGACGUGGUAUAAGGAGGAGGUGUGGCGGCUUGUUGGCUGGGAUGUUCUUGCGCGGGAGAGUGGGUGGUGA